AUGGCUAACCGGAGCAAGAUCUCCACCAUGUAUUGGGAGGCCAACUGCCUGCCCCCGACCAUAAUUCCACCUUCGCAAAUUUCCGACAAACCCAGCUCAAGCGGCCAAACCGUAUCGUUAACAACAGACGCCCUCGAUCAAAUCAAGGAACAAAUCAAGGAACUGAUGGACCUCGAUAAGGCGCCCCCGGAUCAAAAACAGGAACUUCCCCAACAGUUUGCGGACCGAGAAUACAAGGAACCUAUGAUGUAUCCGAGCGAAUGGAAGCUCUUUUACAGCAACGGGGCGGAAGCUCAAAUACGAAACCGAGAGGGAGCAGCUCCCGAUGCCCUUCCGGGUCGAUAUCGAUCCCCACGUCGACAUCCAAAUGACUCCUCUCAAACUACUGCCUCCCAAACUGCUGCCUCUCAAACCGCCGCCUCUUGCGCUUGCAAUACGACAGAACCCUCACCCUCCGAGCCGAACCCCAAGAAGCAGGCUAUAAAACCUUCUCAAGGCUUCUCACUUGCGAACCGCGCACGUGUAAGAAUUUGGGGCCCCAACAAAGGUGACCAAGCGCUCUACCCUCGUUACGAUCCGGACUCUCUAUUGCGACAGACUGGAGAUCAGCUUGACAUCUUGGAUCAAGCCCACGAUAAGCUUAAGAAGUCGUAUGGGGAAUUUGAGCGCGCCAUCAAGUCUGCUAAAGAAAAGAAGUGA